ACAACAAUUAAAGUUUGGCCAGCCAGGGUUAUGCAAACUUGACUUUUUCUUUGUUUUAUAAUGCUUUCUCGUGUCAUUUCUCGUCCCCUUGUCAACGCCGUCAGAGCUAAUGCCCGUCCUCGCGUUGUUGCACCUUUAACAAGAACUUUUACUGGUUCUAGCACUGGAUUCCAAUUGAACAACAACAACAAUAACAACGUUCAACGCAAUCAACCACAACAAUCAAAGCAAUUAAAGCAAAAGGCCACUGUCCAAAAACGCGCUCCUUUCUGGGAGGCUAAUGCUCUUGUCGAUGGUGAAUUCAAGAAGCUUUCUUCUUCCGAGUAUAAGGGAAAGUUCCUUAUCAUGCUCUUUUAUCCCGCUGAUUUCACCUUUGUUUGUCCAACCGAAAUUUUGGCCUUUAGUGACCGUAUUGAAGAAUUCCGUAAGCUUGGUGCCGAAGUUGUUGGUAUCAGUGUCGACAAUGUCCACUCUCACUUGGCUUGGACAAAUGUACCUAGAAAGCAAGGUGGUUUAGGUUCAGUCAACAUCCCUCUUGUUUCUGAUAUUAACAAGGAAAUUGCCAGAGAUUACAAUGUCUUGAUUCCUAAGGAAGGAAUUGCUCUCCGUGGUUUGUUUGUCAUUGACCCCAAGGGUGUCCUUCGUGUUGCUCACAUCCAUGACUUGCCCAUUGGCCGUUCUGUUGACGAAACAUUAAGAGUUGUUGAAGCUAUCAAGUUCACUGAUGAACACGGUGAAGUUUGCCCUGCCAACUGGAAGAAGGGUGAAAAGACAAUCAAGCCUGAUCCCAAGGGUUCCUUAGAAUACUUUAAUUCUGCCAACUAAAAUAAAACCCAUUGUUACGCAAAUUUAAAAAGAGGGAC